UUGGUAGUUUAGCCACUGACACAGAAUGGAUCAGUACAGACCUUUGUUGGGGGUAUUCUUACUGACCUUUCUGGUGGGUCAAGCGAUCGGUUCCCCAACGGAACUGAUAGGCUUGGUCCCACAGUUCGUGAAGUUUCUGGGAUCGCAAAGCUCGACGUGGAAUUUCACCAACUCUUCGACGGCCGAAUGGGACAGGCCAUGUGUCAAUCAGCUGGAACUGUUCGUGAAAGCUAUGCAGAACAAUGAAGCGUGGGCUGUGAAUAUGUACGACUCAUGGGGCAAGGUGCCAACUGGAGUAUUUUUCGGAAAUAUUUAUGAAUUCGGAAACUUUGACCAAUGUCGAAGGGUGCAGUAUUCACACUACUACGGCAAAAUCGGUGGACAACAUUGCACAAUGAUGGUAAACGUGCAAGGUCUACGGCUCCCGUUGCCUCCAAUAUGGUAUAGCAUUUGCGUACCCGAUGUAUGCCAACCACGGAUGGUAUCGGAACUGGUAAAUUCCUUUCUACAAAACUAUGGCAUGCAAAUCGUCAACAACCUGGACACAUUUUGCUACAAAGAUGAGGAACAUAACUUCUCAGCGCUAACUAUAACUGCCAUCGUCCUUUUCUCAUGUUACGGAGCUUUCCUAGUCGUCGUUACAUUGACUCACAUCGUGCUAAUUUACGCAAACAAAGCCCCACCUAGUUUCAUAAAUCGGUUCUCCGCUUACACGAACCUGUUGAAAAUUACCGCAACAGUUCCUCAAAGCCAAACCAAAACUGAAUCAAUGGACUGCGUAAACGGAAUCCGUGCCCUAUCGAUGAUCUGGAUCAUCAUUAACCACGUCCACGAUGCUGCCCUCGGACUUCCCACCACCAACGCCGUCAUCCGUACAGAGUACACCAACAGCUACUACGGUGUCCUGCUUCACCGUCUUGGCGGAAAGGCCGUGGACAUCUUCCUAAUGCUAAGUGGAAUGCUGGUGGCCAUGAAACUCCUUCGCGAACUCGAUCGCAACCGUAAGCUGAACUUGGCUGAACUGUACCUGCAUCGGUACAUUCGCAUUACUCCUGCCUACGCCGCCAUGAUACUGUUCGCUUUAGCUUUCGUCAACCAUUUGGGAGAAGGCGUUCUCUACAAGCUGCUUGCCGAGGACGUAUUCAAUGCCUGCUCCACGAGUUGGUGGUCGGCGUUACUCUACGUUCAGAACUACGUUCACCACCCGCAAAUGUGCUUCCCGCAUACCUGGUAUCUGUCGGUGGAUAUGCAGCUCUACUUCCUGUCGCCGUUGAUUCUGUUCCCGCUGUGGAAGUACGGAAAACGCUUCGUUCCGGCGGUUGUGUUCCUAGCAGUGCUCUCCAUUGCCUGCGUGUUCUCCACGUUCAUGGUGAACGGGUACCGUUUGAACAAAUCGGCACCCGUUGGAGACGGGCUAUGGCCUCGGAAGACGUACCACGCCACCCAUGCUCGCAUGUCUGUUUGGCUGUUCGGAGUACUGUUCGGGUAUUUCCUGCACAGGACCAAAUCCAGAACCAUUCGUCUGCCGAAGAGAGCCCGCGUUCUUGGAUGGGUUCUAGCGGCUGGUAUGCUGGUGCUUACAUGCUACUCUCUAAAACAGGUCUACGUUGGAGAUUACGAUCGCUUUUCGGUGGUGGUGGAUGCCUUCUACGAGUCGUUGCAUCGCUCAUUCUGGGCCUUCGGAGUCAUGUGGUUGAUAUUCAUAUGCGUUAAUGGGCAGGGUGGAUUGGUGAAUGAAUUCUUGAGUUGGCGGUUCUGGCAACCGAUGGCGAAGCUGUCGUACACGAUGUACCUGCUUCACAUCAUGAUUCAGGCUGUGACGGUUACGAUGCAUUUGAAAUCUCCAUUAUACUUCAGCGCGAUGGAUUUGAUUUACAGGAUAUUUGGUUUGGUGGGAGUUAGUGCCGUAGCGGGUGGUAUUUGGAGCAUUGCUUUUGAGUAUCCAUUCUUCGGGUUGGAGAAAAAGCUGUUCAAAAGAAAAACUGCGAUGUAACAAUAGACAUAGGAUUCUCUACGGGUCGAGUAAUACAGGAGUUCAAUAUUUUGUAAUAAAAUGUAUGAAAAGUCAGCACUCAUGACAAUGACCA